AUGUCUAAUAUCCAAGUGGUGGUUAGAUGUCGUGGAAGAAACCAGCAGGAGGUUGCGGCAAAAUCUCCCAUUGUACUAGAUUUGACAGAUGAUACCUACUCCACUACCGAACCUUAUGUAUCAAUCAAUCAGCCGGCUAAUGGCGUACUUCGAAGAACACUGAAUUCGCAAGAUGUAACCACAAAUACCUCCAAAAAGGCUUACAAGUUUGAUCAAGUUUAUGGAUCACAGGCUGAUCAGGGGUUGCUUUACUCACACGUGGCACUUCCGCUAUUAUCAGAGUUCUUAGAAGGGACAAAUGUAUCGAUUUUAGCAUAUGGGCAAACCGGUACUGGAAAGACGUAUACUAUGUGUGGAUUCAAUAGCAAUAAUAACAUGGAUGAAUUGCCACUACCCGAAGUUGCCGGAAUCAUACCGAGAACGUUAUUUGAACUUUUUGAAAAGUUGGAAUACAUGGGCGAUGAUUACAUGGUGAAGGUUUCCUACUUGGAAAUUUACAACGAAGAGCUAGCAGAUUUGCUACUGAAUCACAACAAGAAAUUACGAGUACAUGAGAGGGUAAACUCAGUAUCGAAAGUUGGAGUUUCUCAAAAAUCAAUAAGUAUUCAAAACCUAUCCGAGCUCUGCAUUAACAACUACUCCGAGGGUGUUAAGUUGCUAAAGAUGGGGUUUAACAAAAAGAAAACAACCGCCACGAAUAUGAAUGAGGCAUCUUCUAGGUCCCACACAAUAUUUUGCAUACUGUUGUACAGAAAAGACCCGAACAACGAUUCAAUGUACAGAGUUUCCAAAAUGAAUUUAGUCGAUUUGGCUGGAUCUGAAAAUAUCAGCAGGUCUGGAUCUGUUGUGAAAGAGGCAGGUGGAAUAAACCAAUCGUUAUUGGCUUUAGGGAGAGUCAUCAAUGCGUUAAAUGAACAAAAGCUCUCUCAGCACAUACCUUACCGAGAAUCAAAACUUACUCAUAUUUUGCAGGAUUCUUUAGGAGGUGGUACCAAAACUACCCUUAUUGCCACUAUUUCUCCGGCUAAGAUCAACGCCAUGGAAACGUGCUCUACAUUAGACUAUGCAAGCAAAGCAAAGAACAUAAAAAACACACCACAAAGUGGUCAUGAUUCAGAGGUGAUUCUAAAGAAAAUAUUGGUAAAGAAUUUGACAAACGAGAUUAGCCAAUUAAAUCUGGAUUUGAUGGCUACAAGGCAUAAAAAUGGUAUUUAUUUGGAUCAAAAGAGCUACAAGAAUUUAAUUUCGGAAAAUGAGUCAUUGAAAACACAGUUGAGGGAGAACUCGUUAAAGGUUGAGCUGUUGAACAAGAAAUGCGAUGCUUUGGAACAGCUUAGAAAUGAAAGCAAGGAAGAACUAUCGUUUUUCAAAUCUCAAAAUGAAAAUUUAAGCCAGAAAGCUGGAGUUAUCGAGUCUAAGUUGCAAGAUGCAUCUUCCAAAUUAUCACACCGAGAUGCAACAAUCAAUUCGUUGACUGCAAAGUUGAAACUGGUACUCGAAAAGUCCUCUACAUCGGCCACAAUGUUGACUACCCUCCUUUCAAAUCAUUUGAAUGCGUCUUUGAAUUUACUUCGUGAUACUAUUACGAUGCAAUCAAGCUCUACAUCUGUUGGUACAGUAGAUGAUUUUCAAAAGAAGUUUUUAAAGGAAUUGCAAUGCUUCAAGGACGAUAUACAGCUGAAGCUCCAACUGUAUCAAAAGAACUUAGACGAAAAGGUGAAUGAAGAUUUAUUGUCCACCUUUGAUUCUUUACAGGAGUGCAUGGACGGUUUAUACUCUCUUCAACAAAGGCUGACUUUAACUAUUCAAGAAGCUGUGACAGACUUGAGGGUUGCCAAUGAAAAGUUAUCUGGUCAUUUGAUGGGGGAUUACAUGACUGGCGUUGAAGAGACAAUACAACGCAGGCAUGAAGAAAUUUUACGGAAAGAUUUUGUGUCCCUUUAUGAAAAUUUGAAACUGACUAUAAACAAAGAGAUUGAAAAAUCAAUUCAGAAUGCAAUGAAAAGCACUGGUGCAGCAACUCACGACGUACUAGUGAAGGAAAAAGCGCACGUUGUUACGUUUGAGAAGAAUUGGAAAACACGGGUAAAUGAGGUCGUCCCUAAGAUUGAGAAAGAGUUGAAGGCAAGUCACCAUGCCCUUGAAACAUCAGCCGGUAAAUUAAGCGAGCUACAUUCUAACGGUUCUCAAAGUGUUAAAUCUAUAUUGGAGGAAAAGUUCAGUAUAUCUUUUGACAAACUACCAGACACUGCCCAACUACCAAAGAUAGUUAAAAACAUGAAAUCGCUUGAUGAUCUGCUUUCACAAAAGUUGCAAGACAUAAACGCCAAUUUAAAACAUAUUCAACAAUUUGAUGCUAAAAGAGCAUUUGAGAUAUCUCCAUUAAAAUCAAAGCUUGAACAAUCACCACCAACUGAAUCUGGUAUGAGUCAGCAAGCAUCACAACCCGUUCGGAGACGAGCACUUUCAUUGUCACCUGUUAAAUCAAGCAGGGCGCCGACCCCUUCCAAGAUUCCGACCAUGAAACGUCUGAACACCAAUGUGGUUGAUGAUGACCAAUCCAAGAGGCGAAAGGUGUUGCUGUCAGUCUAUAAUGUAACAUAA